CUCUAGAAAAACAGAGCAUCCCUCUGCUUAUAUUCUGAGAAUCUUCUCCCUAAGCCAUCAUUUCUUUCCCCUUUCGCUAUUGUCGGUUCUGUUUUCUCACAUACCUCCCCCCCAGCAAGAGCACCACCACCACCACCACCACCUCCUCCAAGAACUGCUGAGCUGCUUUGCGUGACAGCUGAGGAGAGAGCCGCCAUGUGUGUGCACGACAGUGAGCAAGAGAUGGAGAAUCUUGAUUCCAGCAACAGCAGGCCCUGGUCUUCUCAUUGCGAAAUGCUGCAUACCCAGAUGGACAAUUUCGACAAGCAGCCUCCCGCUAUGUGCCCCGCCAACCAAGCUGGCCUUCGCAGUUCAUACCCACUGGAAAGCAUUUGUGAGGAAAAUGUGGCAUUAGAGAAACGACAGAGCAUGUUAGGCGACUUCAUACCCAAGCUAAGGUCUGGAGAGUGGUCUGAUAUUGGUGGUCGGCCCCAUAUGGAGGAUACCCAUGUUUGCAUUGGCAAUCUGGCCAAGACUUUUGGCUAUGAUAAGCUUAAUGAAGAAGUUGUUUCUCUAUAUGGCGUAUUUGAUGGGCAUAUGGGAAAGGCUGCUGCACAAUAUGUCCGUGACCAUUUGCCUAGAAUCAUAGUUGAGGAUACUGAUUUCCCUCUAAAGCUUGAGAAAGUCGUCAUGAGGUCAUUCAAAGAAGUUGAUGCUGCAUUUGCAAAGUCAUGCACCCUCGAGACUUCCUUGUCCUCUGGGACAACUGCUCUUACUGCGAUGAUAUUUGGCAGGUCUUUAUUGGUGGCAAAUGCUGGUGAUUGCCGGGCUGUACUCUCACGACGAGGAAAGGCUUGUCAAAUGUCUAAAGACCACAGGCCCUGCUGUCCGACGGAGAGGGUGAGGAUUGAGUCCUUGGGUGGUUCUGUUGAUGAUGGCUAUCUGAAUGGUCUGUUAGGUGUCACCCGUGCAUUGGGAGAUUGGGAUCUCAAAGGUAUGAAGGAAAUGAGUGGAGGUGGCGGGCCAUUAAGUGCCGAACCAGAGCUUAAGUUGGUGACAUUGAACAAAGAAGAUGAGUUCUUGAUAAUCGCAAGCGACGGGAUAUGGGAUUUCUUUACUAGCCAGAAUGCCAUAGAUUUUGCCAGGAGGCGGCUCCAAGAGCACAACGAUGUGAAAUUAUGCUGCAAACAGGUAGUUGAAGAAGCAAUUAAGAGAGGAGCGACCGACAAUUUAACGGUCGUGGUAGUGAGUUUUCACUUGGAGCCACCUCCACGGCCGGUGGUGCCAAAGGGUAAAGUGAAGAAAAGUAUCUCUGCCGAAGGACUUCACAACCUCCAAUGCUGUUUGAAGGAUAGUAUUGUAUAAAUUAUCUGGAGGUCAUGCAGUUCUCAAGAUGAGAAAUAAAUUAGAUAAGUGGGAAAUAAUUGUAGUUAGGUUACAUGGUUGAUUGGGGAGAGUUCCCUGCGUAUGUAUAGUUCAUUCAGGCGGUACACGCUGUCUUUUCUUCUUUAUUUUUUUUCCUCCCUUUUUUCUCUUCUGCUUCUUUCUUUUGGCAUUGAGACGAGAAGCACGAAGUUAGCGAGAUUUCAUUUUUUUGUCAUGAGACUGACUUUUCUGUCUCAUUGGCAGAGGAAGAAGCUUGAGUGGUUCCUGAGAGGAACUUUGUCGUAUUGUUGGGCAGGGGAUGAUGAUGAUGAUGAUAUCAAAACAAUUAUCAGAUGUUCAUGUAGCUGAGAAAUUGUACAUAUGUUUUUUCCUUGUUGAGACUUUCCAUUUCAUGA